AUGGCGAACUACACAUACAUGAACCCAGACGAGCUGGUGGAGCUGCUCGACAAACCUGAUUCGUUCGCCAAGGUCGCUGUGAUAGACUGUAGGGAUAGCGAUCGAGACUGCGGCUUCAUUGCGAACUCGAUAAGCAUGCCAACGAUCCGCUGCUCGUCGGAGAUGUACGAGGGGCUUGCCAAGGCACUCUUUGACGAGAAGAAAGAGAUCGCCGUCUUUCACUGUGCGCAGUCGCUCAUACGGGGCCCGAAGGGAGCUAACCGCUUCGCUUUGGCACAGAAGAAGCUCGGCUACCCCCUCCCUCUCGUGUACGUGCUGCGUGGCGGGUGGGAGGCGUUCUACAACAUUUAUGGCCAUAUUCGCCCAGACCUCAUGUAUGUGUAA